AUGGCGCUGCAUGCCGCGGCCGGCGCCGUGUCAGAGGACGCGCUCGGCGAGCUCCGGUACCUGCAACUCGUCAUCCGUGAGACGCUCCGGCUACACCCUCCGCUGCCGCUGCUGCUGCCACGCGAGUGCACGAUCGGUCGCGACGAGCGGUACUGGCCCGGCGGCUCGCCGGAGGAGUUCCGGCCGGAGCGGUUCGACGACGGUGAGGCGACCGCCGCGGUGGACUUCAGGGGCGCCGACUUCGAGCUCCUGCCGUUCGGCGGCGGCCGGCGGAUGUGCCCCGGGAUGGCGUUCGGGCUUGCCAACGUGGAGCUCCCUCUCUCCAGCCUGCUCUUCCACUUCGACUGGGAGGUGCCUGGCAUGGCCGACCCGACCAAGCUCGACAUGACUGAGGCGUUCGGUAUCACUUCACGCCGGAAGGAGAAUCUCCAUCUCCGGCCACUCCUCCGCGUGUCUGUGCCCGGCGUCUAGCUGGCUUCGCUGGACGACGACGGCCUUCUCUAUGUUGCCACGACACACAUCUAGUCUAGAGUACUCUCUCCAUACGUUUGGAUAGCUCAAAAUUCAACUGACCACCGUCAAACAUUUAUGGAGGUAUAUGGAAGUGUUUCCUUUUUCCUUAAGGGUACAUUCUCUUGUUUUAUGCUUGACAAUCAAAAUGUUAUCAAAAAAUUUUAAAUACUUUAUAAGAUAGGUUAAUAUACGGUAUAUCUUUUUAUAAAUAUGCGAGUUAAAAUUUGAUUUAUAUAAUUAAAAAAACAAAUUUGGCAGUGAAUUACAUGUUCUUUUCAUAGUUAAAUUUGUUAUUUUUAUUUCUACCUGUAUAAGUUGAAUUUAAAUUUAUAUGUUUGCGAAGCAUUAUAGAUCGAGGACCCCGAGUCCCCCAA